CCCUGUAAUGUGAAAUGUGAUUAGACUGAUUAUUUUAUGUACUGGAUUAUUUAUUAAACACUUUAGUACCAAUUUAAAUUAAUUAAAUAUACCUAAUAAUUAAUGAAAAUUUGGAAAAAAAAUCUUAUCUCUAAUAGGGUAGAAAAGAAAGAAAAGAAUAUACUUUAAGGAUGAAGAUGUUUACAAUUUUUUUUUUCUCGAUAUAUGUGUUACAAAACGCGAUUUGUCUGGACUAUGAUGGUUGGUUAAAUAUUAAAAUAGAACAUACAUUGAAUUGUAAAUAUGAAGAAUACUGCGCACGUGGUUCCAUCUCUUUAAAAAGUAUAAGAACUGGCAUACCAGUAAUUGAUCAAAUUAAUUUUAAUGAUGGACAUAUAAAUGAGCUAAAGGAGAUAGCAAAAGUCGAUGGGAUCUAUGCUUUGCGAACAUUAGUUUCUACUGCUGAAAGUAAAGAUGUGGAGAUUAUCUCAUUUGUUAGAGCAAAAAGAUUUCUAGAAAGCGGAUUGUCUGAUAUAAUAAGAGCUUGGGUAUUACCAAAUGGUGAAGUUAUUGCACUAAGUCUUCAAGUAGCAAACACUUCACAACCAAAGAAUAUAGAAUAUAAAAGCUCAGAAUACAAGCUCAAUUCAACAUUUUAUAUUCGUCAUGUAGAUCCAGCUCCUUUACCUGAUACAGCGUCAUAUAUUCAGAAGUUAGAGCGUGAAAAAGAGGCAAGAGAAAAGGGUGACUUAAAAGAUAAUAGAUCAUUCCUAGCCAAAUAUUGGAUGUAUAUUGUACCUAUUGCCAUUUUUGUCAUGAUAUCUGGAGCAGCAAAUCCAGAACCUGCAGCCCAAGCUGCAAGGUAAAUAAUAAAAUGUGGAUAUUUGAUAUAAUUAUUUAUUAAAAUAUAUACUGGAAUGUGGUAUAAGUG